AUGGUCAGCGGCGUUUUCAGCCAUGUCUGGUAUGGUGAUAAGGUUGGAGCCUACACAUGCUCCUGGUUGGAUUUCCUAGCGUUGCCAGUAACUAAAUACGACUGGGGUAUCUUCCAAACUGGUUUAGCUCAGCUACCCAGCUCGCUUGUUGCAUUGAUAGGCACAGUCUUCAACCGGGUGCGAGAUUGGAUUUAUAUCUCAUCCGCGAACCGAAAUCAAAAGCGUCCCGGAAAGCCUAAGUCGGAGGUACGGCUGUAUCAUAUAUACCUGGUAGUCUGCCUUUCGCUGGUAGAUUUUUCUGGUACGGCUAGGCCAGCGUAG